UGAAAUAGAAUCCUAUAUUAAACUGGAGACACAGGACAGUAGCUAAAACAUCUCCCUCCUUCACGGCCUCUCUCCGCUUUCUCUCUCCUCAACUGAAGAAGAAGACAAUCAAUUAUGGCGCUUCAGCUAUGGGAGACUCUGAAGGAGGCAAUCACAGUCUACACUGGGCUGUCUCCGGCCACUUUUUUUACGAUUCUUGCUUUACUAUGGGCUGUAUACUAUGUGUUAUCGAGUCUUUUCGGCCCGUCUAAUACUCAUUACCAACCGCGAUCCAGAGAAUUUGAGGAGCAGAUGCAGCCUCUGCCGCCUCCUGUUCAGCUUGGAGAAAUCACCGACGAGGAGCUCAAACUAUACGAUGGCUCCGAUCCCAAGAAGCCUCUUCUCAUGGCUAUCAAGGGCCAGAUCUACGAUGUUUCCCAAAGCAGAAUGUUUUAUGGACCUGGCGGGCCAUAUGCAUUAUUUGCCGGGAAAGAUGCAAGCAGAGCUCUUGCAAAGAUGUCUUUUGAGGAUAAAGACUUAACUGGUGAUAUUUCUGGUCUUGGUCCAUUUGAAUUGGAGGCUUUGCAAGAUUGGGAAUACAAGUUCAUGAGCAAGUAUGUUAAGGUCGGAACUAUCAAGAGCACAGUUCCGGUUUCAGAUGAGACCUCCACCGCCGGUGAAUCUGCAGAAACUAAACAAGGUGAUGCUGCUAAGCCUGUCGAAGGUGAUGCUGCUAAGCCUGUCCAAGAUGGUCCAUCAGAAAUUGCUGCUGUUAAAGCCGAGGAACCCCCACCUGUUAGUGAUGCUCUGGAGGAGUAAUGCUUGGUUCAACAACUCAAAAAGGAUACAAUUUCUUAUGAAAAUGCUGAAAAAGAGUAACUAUUUCUGGCUGUAUGUUUGUUUUUAAGUUUUGUUCACAUAUAAGUUUACUUUACUUUGCUAGUCUAGGAAACUUCUGCUGCGGACUUGCUUUAAUGUUUAGAUUAUCAAGAAAAUAAGUUGGGCAUAUCUUACUUUCAGUAUUCAGACUGGGAUUGGUGUAGUUUAUGUGUUUGAGGUACUCGGCGGCCAGCUAGUACUCUUAUGUGAUAAAUCAGGAGUUUGUCUUAUGGAAAUGUAUGGUAUCAUUUUCUUUC